AUGGCGCAGCGCACGAUCGCGUCGUUCUUCAACGCGGGCGCGGCGCCCGCGCCGCCCGCGCCGCUUCAGGACGCGACGAACGCGCCGACGCGCGACGACGCGAACGACGCCGCGGGCCGUCCGACGAUUUCGACGAAGAAACGCUUCCACCCCUCGGACGCGUCGCCGUCGCGCGCGUCGAAGCGCGUCGCCGCGCCGAGGGCGUUCGCGAAGGGCGCGGACGUCGUCCCGAUCCCCGGCGCGUCGCGCUCGGACGGCUCCCUGGAGCUCGUGUCCGCGAACGGCAGGCACUACCUCGUGAACGCGGAGUCGUGGGACUGCGCGAACGUCACGGCGAAGAUCGCCGAGUGGAAGCAGAGCGACGCGUCCGCGUCCCGAUCCUCCUCCUCCUCCUCCUCCCCAGCACCGCCCAAGUUCGUCGCCGUGAAAGGCACGAACGGCCUCAUCGUCAGCGCGCUCGCAUCGCGCGGCCCUACCGGCGACGCCGCGACGACGCUGCGCUGCCAUAGAGCCCCGCACAUCUCGCCCUCCACGCCGCCGCUCGCGACGAUGCGACUGGAAUCAUCCGGCGGCGACGUCCUGCGGCUCGCGUCGUGCGCCGCCGCGUCCGCGUCGGACCCGAACGUCCUCGUCGUCACCGCGGGCGGCGAGCUGAAGCUGCUCCGCGUCGCCGAGGGAGAGGGCGAGGACGGCACGGGCGUGACGAUGACGACGUGCGCGAGCGUGUUGCUCACCGAGGGGACGUUCAAGUACGCGCUGCCGGAGAGCGCCGACGGCGGCGGACGGUUCGGCGCGUGCGUCAUGUGUCGCGACGACGCCGACGCCGACGCGGACGUGGACGCGGACGCGGACGCGGACGCGUCGUCGUCGGCGGCGGCGGCGGCUUGGACGCCGGUCGUCGCCGCGGUGUUCUCCGCGGCGACGGGGACGCUGUGCUUCAUCAAGAUAACCGCCGCGGGCGCGACGUUACAGAGAACCGUGAACCCGCACCUCGGGAAGGCGCACGCGGCGGCGGCGUGGACGUCGUCGUCGCCCGGCGGCGCCGCCGUCGUCAGCGUCGGCGCGGACGGCGCGCUCGCGGUGACGCACCUUCGCGCGGACGGCCCGGACACCGCGUGGGAGUGCGUCGUGCGAGGGGGGAAGUCGGAGGCGCACGCGGUCGCGGUGGACGACGUGAGCGGCGUCGCGGUGACGGGCAGCCGCGACGAGGACGCGAUCUGCGUGUGGCGUUUGCGCGACGAGUCGCGGAUGCGCGCGGUGAAGUUGCCGCCCGCGGGCGCGGGCGCGGCGGCGGCGGCGGCGGGCGGGGGCGGGAAGGGCGCGGAGAUAUUGCGGCACUUCACGCUGGAGAACGUCGCGAUCGGCGCGGGGGGGAGGUUGAUCGCCGCGAGCAACGGGAACCGCGACGGGGGCGCGACGUUGCAGCUCGUGCGCGGGAGGUAG